AUGCUAAGGGUUUGGAUUUGGAUACUUGUACCAUGAGGUAUCCCAAGAUAAAAUACAUAGAGCGGCAAGCACAGGAAAGUGUCGAGUAUAGGGAAAGCGGAAAGCACAGAAUGGCAGCGACAGAAAAACUACAAAAGCAGCGACAAUAAAAAACAUAUAGCGGCAAUGGCAGACAUCCAGUUUUUUUUUUUGCCAGAAAACCAAGAGAGAACGACUUGGAUUAGCUUGAAGCGUUUAAACAACCAAGGGAGCCUUCAGAUCAGAAGAUGAUUAUUGAUGGACGAAAGCCAGAUCCGUCAAGAAAACGAUUUGGGACUGAAUCUCAGGGGGGGUGGAUUUGUAGGGUGGUAUUACAGGGCAGUAUUGAGAUGCUGAUUUCAGAUGAACGUUAUUCCAGUACUACUGCUCUGAUACUAUGUUUGAUUGGUCUGGGAAGUCCAAUGAUGAGGCUCAGCAUGAAGAAUCGGAUGACAAAUGGAGGGUUCAUAGCCCAAACGGAUUUGCAGGUGAUAUCAAAGUUGCACAUGAUCUUGCGACCAUUUCUGCUCAGAAGGGUAAAGGAAAAUGUUGAGCAGAAUCUUCCCAAGAAGAAGGAAAUAAUUCUUUAUGCUAAUAUGACUGAGCACCAAAAGAAUAUCCAGAAUCAUUUAAUCAACAAAACUCUUGAGGGCUAUCUAAUAGAGAAGGCAUUCCAUGCAAAGGGCUUUAGAGCAAAGCUGAGCAAUUUAAUGAUCCAGCUUCGCAAGAACUGCAAUCAUCCCGACCUUCUGGAAUCUGCAUUUGAUAACGAUGGUCUGAAACAGAGAAUAGGGAAGGAUCAUAGCAUUCUCUGGUUCGUAGAUUCACUUCUCUCACUAGUCAUCAUCCUUCAUGGAGUCGGUGGAGUGAAACCAGAUUGUAAUGUGCUUUUGUUCCCAUCUCCAUUGGCAAGAGGUCGUUAA